AAUUGGAUAACACUAAAUACAUGUAGUAAUUGGAAUAAAUAAUUACACAAAAUGAAACAAAUAGUUCUAAAAUUGUAUAGAGACUUAUUGCGAUAUGGUGUAAAUUUGAAGUAUACGGAUAAGCAAUAUUUUCGACAUAGAAUUCGUAAAAGUUUUAAAGAAAAUAAACAACUGACUGAUAAAGAAGAGAUAGAUUUUCACUUGCAGAAAGGGCGAGAACUUCUAAUUAAACAACGAGUCCUAUAAGGUAUUCAUUAUUAAGGAACCAAAUAUUUCAUUGUAUAGUAGUAGAAAUGUUUAAGUUUUUAUUACACAAUCAUUGUUUUAUUCGUAAUUUGAUUGUUUACGCAUUCACGUUGACUCACAGAAAAAUCCACUUCGUAUAUGGUAUAAACAAUAAGGAGUUAAUCGGGAUUUUAAACUUUAGCAAUCAAAUUCGACAUAAAUCCUAUAAACGCUUCUUAGAUUACUCGAAUGUGC